UUGUUUCUGAAAUUGCUACUAUAAUUACUGAUGAUGAUACAAUUGACUCUGGUAGAGAUAUUAUUCUUACUAUACAACAGGGUUCUUUGCAACAUAUCUCAAAAUUAUAUGGUACUUAUAAUCUUUUACAGUAUCCACUCCUUUUUCCAAGAGAAGA